CGUUAGUAGGCGCUGUCGUGCUGUUGAGGCGAGUCGCAGGUAAAGAAAGAGAGGGAGAGAAAAGGAUCGCUUCAGUUCUGAUCGUCACUUCAUUGUCUACCCACCGCCAAAUAUCCGACUAGUCUUCAGGCGUUUCGUUCUUGAAAUUAUUGCGUACGCCACAUCAUACUUUAUCAUGGGAGUUGAUACUUCAAGAGUGUAGAAGAAAGGCGGGGUGGGGGAGGACGGGUCGGGUGUGGUGGUGAUAUUGGAACACGAGGCCGUUGUGAAGCGCGGCCGCCAUUUUAAUCGCGUUCGUUGAGGGGGUCCGUUUGUUUUGUAAUGGACGCAGGUGGCGGUUUUUGGCGCUGUUUGGUUCUCGAGUUAUUUUCGUUCGACUUUUAUUUACUUUUGAAGACGGGAAUGGCGGGCGUUUUAUCUUUAUUUCGAUCUUUGUCCGUGGUUGAAGGGAAAAAUAACUAAAUCUCAUCCGUGCUCAGACUCGAGCUUUGAUGGUAGCCCGGUUGGCUGAACCGGGGUGCCCCAGCUCGUUCUUUUUGCAUUCGCGAUGGUUUUCUAGCUGGUGUUUGCCACCCCACCCCCCAGCUUUCCCUCCCGGGCUUGCCACCAGUCCGCUUUCAGAGGUACUCUUGGACUCGGUAUUAACUCUAGUUUCUCCAUCUAGAGAUGGCUCCAGAUGUGUUCAGCAUGUUUUCUUUUUGUUCCUUGUUCUUUCCCGGAGUGGGCGAUGGGGUAUCUUCCCUUGCCCUACAUGGGUUACACGCGGUCUCUUAGUACCCAGUGUUAUCAGGGUUGGUGAAGUUAAUGAUUUGGGGCAAACGCAAUGAUUUGAGACUCCCCAACAAAUGCACGUCAGAAUUCCCGAUAAGGUCACGCAGAAAAAGCUACUUGGACCUUUUCCCUCUACCUGGAAUCGCAGUUCGGUGUUAGUUGUUGCUUUUGGAUCUUGUCACUUUUUGGAAGGCCAGUUGUUUUUCGUUUACUGAGUGAAUUUGGCUGUAGAUAUUAAGAUUUUUUUUUUCUCAUUCGCUCAUGAGAUGUGGGCUUCUCUGGUUAGGUCGGCAUUUACUGCCCAUCCCGAACUAUCAAUGAACUGAGGGCUAUUGCUGUGGGUCUGGAGUAACGUGUAUGCCAGACACGAAUGACAGGUGUCCUUCCCUAAAGGUGGACCAGAUACGUCGAUCAUCAGAUAAACCAUGAUUUCACGGCCAUCGUACAGCAUGGAAACGUCCAACCAGGCCAUUCUGACGAUAGUCUCAAAUAAAACUACCCCUGCCUGCGCUUGAGCCAUGGUCUGUCCAAGGAUUUCUUAUUCGUGUACUUAUCCAAAUGUCUUUUAGACAUUGCUUUCUUGUGGAGAGAUCUGUGUUACAGACAAUUACGAUGGAUGAAGAUUUUGUUGUCCGUGUCCGUGGACUUCCGUGGUCUUGCACUGCUGAUGAAGUGUUACGCUUCUUUUCAGAUUGCAAGAUAUUAAAUGGAACUGCUGGAAUACACUUCACCUAUUUAAGAGAAGGCCGCCCAAGUGGUGAAGCCUUUGUUCAGCUGGAAAGUGAGGAAGAUGUAAAACGUGCCCUUGCAAAAGACCGGGAAAGCAUGGGCCAUCGAUACAUCGAAGUGUUUGAAACUAAAGCCUCUGAAAUGGACUGGGCGCUAAAACAUGCUAACCCAAACCAAACUGAGUCCACGAGCGAUGGAACAGUGCGCCUCAGGGGCUUGCCCUUUGGCUGCAGUAAAGAGGAAAUUUUGCAGUUUUUCACAGGGUUGGAAAUCGUGCCAAAUGGGAUAACAUUGCCGGUGGACUACCAGGGGAGAAGCACGGGGGAAGCCUUCGUGCAGUUUGCAUCAAAGGAGAUAGCUGAAAAAGCACUGGGGAAACACAAGGAAAGAAUAGGGCACAGGUAUAUUGAAAUCUUCAGGAGCAGUAGAGGUGAAGUUCGAGCUUUUCAUGAUCCACCGAGAAGGUUAAUGGGUCAGCGGCCAGGACCCUACGACAGACCAAUGGGAGGUGCAAGAAGUGGCUACGGUGGUCCAGGGCCCAUGAGAGGAGACAUGUUUGAUCGAGCACGUAGAGGAGCUGGCUACGGUGGAGGUUAUGGCAACUUUGAUGAUUAUGGUUAUAAUGAUAACUACGGUUAUGGACGUGAUGGAUAUGGACACAAUGCCAGAGGUGGUGGAAUGAUGGAUAGAGACAUAUACAGGUGUGUAACUGAACAUUAUUGCCAUCUAGGCAUGGGCAGUCGUGGUUAUGGUGGAGCAGGCGAUGCUGGUCCCCUAUUUCAGAAUGGUACAGGUCAUUAUGUACACAUGAGGGGAUUACCUUUCAGAGCUUCUGAAGGAGAUGUUGCUGAUUUCUUUUCACCGCUGAUUCCUGUAAAGAUAAAUUUUGAAUAUGGCUCUGAUGGUCGACUCACUGGAGAGGCUGAUGUCGAGUUUGCUACUCAUGAAGAUGCAGUUGCUGCUAUGUCUAAAGAUAAAGCCCACAUGCAACACAGAUAUAUUGAAUUGUUCCUGGAUUCAACUGCCAACAUGGGAGCUGGGCCUGGUGGCUAUGGAAAUCACAGAAUGGGUGCAAUGGGCAUGAGUAUGGACCAUUAUGCAGCAGGCACUCAAGGAGGCUAUGGUCAUAACAGCCAGGGUAUGGGAAAUAGCUACGGUAAUAUGGGCAAUAGCUAUGGUGGAUAUGGAAAUCCUGGAAAUGCACGUGGAUUUGGUUAUGGUGGUAUGGGAGGAGGUGGAUAUUCGAGCAAUCCAAAUCAGCACAUGGGAAUGGGCAAUCUAGACACAAGCAUGGCUGGAUGGAGAAUGUAAACUUAAAAUUAUGCUCAUCAGGCCAUGAGCCAGAAGCUUCAAGAACCCAAACUCUUGCCACAAUUUCAUAAUGGAUGACCAAUGCAGCAGUGUUGCUGUUUGUUUUCUUCAAAACCAAAAGCAGUAAUAUUUUUACUAAUAGAGCUACUUUGCAAUUCUUUUUAUUUUUUUACAUGUUUUGGUGUAAAGCCCAUGUUUGCCCAGGCUUGGGUAACAUUGUUUGAAGCUUCGGGUGUUAGACCUGAUGGAGAGUUAAAACUUCUUUUGAUAAUUUUGGACUUGAAUGAAUGUGGCAAAUCAAAGUAAACAUCUGGUUCAAAGCCUUCUUUUGAUGAAUUCUUACAUUAUUAUUUUAACUAAACUAAAUCUAACAUUGGAUCAUCUUUUAAAACAUUCUCAGAUGAGCAAGUUGUGUGAUUGUGAAUAUUUUUUUUACUUCGGUGGUACCAUUUAAAAAUGAAACUGGGAGAGAUUUAGUUAACCAGAGGACCACCACAAAAUUUCCACACUUUGUUCAAUUUGAGGUUGAAUGUCACAUGUAGAAAUGUGCGGUUAUGGACAUCUGGUAGAACAUCUUUCAGUUAUGUCUUCAUAAACCAUUGUCCCAUUACUUGCUGAUUAGACACAACUGCAAAUACUGUUCCAAGUUCAAAUUUUGCAUCUUUUUGUUGUUGUGUUCACUUCUAUGGACCCCUCAAGCUAACUUUUUAACAGCUAACUGUGAGGUUCUCAGUUGGCAUAUUUUCCUGUUAUGACUUGUGGAAUGCAGAUUAAAAAUGAAGAAGCGGAUACAGGGUGUUUAAAACGGUGUUGAGCUGUCAGUUCCUCCAGCUUGUAUUCUUGAGUGUUGGUAUUGGAAAUCCAAGCAAACAUGUUUUCUUCGGCAGUUAGUUUUUUUUAAAAGUAUGUCUGGUUCACAUCGUUUUUAACCUUGAUUCUUAAUUUUUUGACUGUUAGCAAUGUAGUUUUAAAAAUGAGAAGAAUACCUGCGUUCCAUGCUGAAAGGUGGUGUUUUGGUUACCAUGCUUUGUUCAGUGGGACAUAUUGACCUUGACACUUGAAUGUGCAGCUUCUGAAACCUGUACUUUUUUCAACAUAUGUGAAAGAUGACUUACUGUACAUUUCUAAUGGUGAAUAUAAUAAAGUGUAAUUUCAGAAAAAUGUGAA